AUGGCGAAACUCGACUCUCUUCCCACUGAGAUCAUCCUCCAAGUUGCUCAAUUCCUGGAGCCUCUCGAAAUCGUCACCCUUCAGCUCGUCUGCAAGAGGUUCCUUACACUCGGCCGAGACGAUGCACUGUGGCGUGAACAAUCUUUCUUGAAAAGCCCCUUCUUGGAGCGCCUUCGUCGACGGCGAGAGCUUAUCGUAGCUGAGCCCGUACAGAAAUCCCAGUUUCGGGAUCUUGCCCGAGCACUGGCGAAUGGCAAUGGCCUGGGGGAGUCGAGGCUGGCAAAGCCUCGAGAAGAGGCGCGGGAUUUCAAGGCCAUGUCGAACGAGAAGAUACGGAUCCGAGCCAACUGGGAUCCCGUUUUCCCGGGCGAGAAAGUCAGUUGGUAUGAGGAAUACAUAGCACGGAACGCUCCCAUUUCUACAAGUUGGUUACAGCAGCCUCGAAAUCGAGAGAGUGCCGAGCGCGAAUAUUUGGAAGUACGAGGCGUCGCUCUUUAUACACCACCUGGAGAUCCGGAUUCGACCCUAGCUGUAGCCCCACUAGACGAUGGCAGCUUAUGUCUUUGGGAUAUAAGUGGUACGAGAUGCCGCAGAGGUGCCAUCUGGCAGCGAAGCAAACCCGGCAUCUUGUCGGUUGACCCCCAUCCGCAAGCUGGACCUAGCGGACGCUCGAAAAUGGUGAGCACAGGAGUGACCGAGUGCAUAUCAGUUGAUAGUGGUCGGAAAAGGGCAUAUGUUGCUGUCCAGAGUGGCCUUGUUGAAAUCGAUCUCGAAACAUUUUCUACUGUCAGACAUGAGAGAUUCCCUUUCUCGAUCACGGCCCUGUCGGAAGCCAAGCACCCUACUCCACUGACUGUUGGUACGAACCUAUCACUGCAUCUUUAUGAUUCUCGUUCGAGACACCCGGCAGGGAUUAGUUCUGCCAAUGUCGAGCGACUUGAUUCAUUCGGUGCGUCGUUUCCGUCCCUUCGAAAUCCUGGAUCAUUGGAUUUCCAGAGUCUGCUCAACCCAGUAUCAAGCCCCGAUUGUACCCAUUUAUAUCAACCUGGACCUUUAAGCAUCCUCCAUUUGCCGAGCUCUGAUGACGAUUGGAACGGUAACGGUGAUAUUUAUGUCGCGGGACGCUUCCCGAGUAUCCUCAACUACGAUCGUCGCAACUUUCCAAAGCUGAGAGGCACCAUACAUUCCGGUGCCCGGUUAUGCAGUAUGACAUAUCUUCCAUAUCCGUUUGCUUCAAUGGAGAAAGAUCUGGCUAGACGUGGUGAGCUAUCUAUUGAGCAAGUAUUGGAAGCCAAGACACGGCCAGGCAAGACCUUGAUAGCUUGCGGCGAGUAUAACAGUAAGGGUUCGUUGGAGAUGUAUGGACUAUCUCCAAACCCCGAAAAUACUACCAUCUCUUCCGAUUUUGUAGCUGGGAGCCUACAAAACUCAGUCAUGAAGAAUCGACAGACCUCAUCAAGUUCAAAGCUGCUUAGCGUAUCGAACCAUGGCACAAGAGUUGUGGUGUCAGAUGGCAGUGGUAACUUGAAAUGGCUGGAGCGCGAUGGAUUCACUGAAGCUAGGAGAUGGAACAUUUCUCACGGCUCUGUCGAAGCUCCACGAGGGAUAUUUGGCACCCUCGGAGAUUCAUAUCUGGAUUCAGGAUCAGGGGACAUUGUCAUCAAGAUUCUAGAGAACCAGGGCGAAUUAGUCUUAUGGACAGGUGAAAAAAUAGGGCUGUUGAAUUUCUCGAGCAAACCGGGAUUCACAGCUGACAGUUUUGAGGAUGCCGCUAAAACCGCCGAAGAGGCCCAUCAGGAGAGAGAGGAAGAAAUAUACUCUGCAACCAUGCGCCGAGCAUUGGAAAACCAAGCCAAUGAGGUCAGGUAUGUGAGGGGUCUAGGGAUCGGGCUUGGAGGGAAUAGAAAUCAUUGA